GCAGCAGGUGAGAGACGUGUGAAAGAGUUAACUUCUGAUUUUACUUUUUUAUUUUAUUUUUCGUCUUCAUUCAUCUUCGAAUAGAACACACCACUCAUCUAUUUCUGGACACACACACACACCCUGAUGUUGGAGUUUCUCCUCAGACCGUAACCACACUUUCUGACCAGCAGAGUUCAAUAACGGAAUAAUGACGUGUGCGUGUGCGCGCGCGUCGUGUACACGCUUGUGCUUGAGUGCAGCUGGGUUGUCUGCUCUCUCAGUCUGCACUUGGAAGCUGAGGGGUGUUGGAGUCAAGUUCUGACGAGCGACAAACCAGGAGACUUGACCUCACAGGUUCCGAUCAUGACCCUUAAGUGGCUGCUGUUUUUGGUGGUCACCUUGGUGACUGCGGUGACCGUCGAGGCCCAGCGGCGCCGUGUGUCCUCCCCCAGUCGGGACGAGUGGAACUACCGGGACGGCUCUGAGCGGGUCAACAUGAAAUCGGUGGCCAACCUGACCCAGGUCCUGGACGACUGGAGGUUCGAUAUCCUGAACCAGAUGAAGGGACUUCUGCAGAACGACCACCAGGCCCUGCUGCCAGACUACGCCAGGAUCCAGCCUCUAUCCGAGGCACUGGACGACCUCUACAAAGAGUUCAACGCUCUCAAGUCUCACCUUGGUGACCUGACCGAGAAGUUCGCCGCCAUCGAGACCUUCAUUGACGAGCUGAAGGCGAACCGAGUCCCGAACUCUCCAGCUCGAGACCCAGCUCCGGCCCCCAGGCAGACCGGCCGGAGGGUCGUGAAGAAGAAGCCCACCACCUCAUAAACCAACUGCUCUGGCUUGGUUUGUCAGAAUCAAACUCACACGAAACAUUGUCGCUUGUGAAACUAGCUGAGACACAAAAACUAAAUGUCGACUCGUCCAAAAAUAAUCAUAAAAUAAUUAGUCAGAACAAAACAAAAUGGAGUCUCUGAAAACGUGAGUUUGUUUUAACGAACUAAAACCUUUUAUAUGUUUCUUUCACAGUUUAUCUUCUGCCCAGGAGAGGGCGCACUUUCAGCUUUGUGAUCUCAUGCAGCCUGAAGUGUGUCCCAACUUCCCCUUCAUCUGGCUCUGCCUGUCUGCUGCGCCCCACCUGUCUGUCUGUCUCUAACCUGUCUUCAGGUGUCAGUCCUCCACCUGUGGCUUGCCUGUCACCUGUCUGUCCUCCCAUCUGAUGUCUACCACUGGCCAGGCAUGUCUCACCUGUCGUCUGUCAUCACCUGUCUCCCUGGUCAUUUGAGCUGACAUUAAAAGC